AUGGCAUAUGACGGACCGGUUAUCGACUACGGCCCGAACCCUCCCCACGGACCCGAUGUCACAGGCCACCAUCCUCCCUUUGAGCUCACUGAUAUUGACAUGACCCAUAGCGAGAAGGAAGUGUUCAAACAAAUCCUGAAACCCGACGACAGCUACGAUGAAAACGGUGUCUACUGGGCUGAUCUUCCCUUUUUCAAGCGAGCCAAGUUUGUCACCAAAGUCAACAACGAGGAGACUAGACGAGAGUUCAGGGCGUUUUGGGACAUGUUCAAGAAUGACCCGCUGGCUCCCGUCGGCUUCUACUUCCGCAACAUGGUUCUUCCCGGCGCCGGCCUCGGUCUCGAAGGUUACGUGCUCUUCUCCAUUGGCAAUCUGAAGCCUCUCUUUCAGAAGGGAUUCGCAGAGUGCUGGAACAAAGAGGCCAUUUGCAACCCGACCUGGAUCAAUGCUGUCGACUAUCUCGAAAUCUGCGGUAUCAUUGUCGGUCAGAUAUUGGUUGGUGUCAUCGGUGACUGGAUCGGCCGUCGCUGGGGGUUGAUCCAGGAUGCAACCAUCAUGUUCAUCGGUCUCAUCAUGCUGACCGCUUCAUGGGGCGUCACCCAAAACGGCUGGGUCAUUUGCUACGCCUGGUCGCUGUUUUUCUACGGUAUCGGGGUGGGUGGCGAAUAUCCCAUGACUGCCACUUCGGGUAUGGAGAACGCCGUUGGUUCGGGAACCGUCUCGACCCGCGAUGACCGUCUCCAUCGAGGCCGCAAGGUCACCAGUGCCUUUUUGAUGCAGGGCUGGGGCCAAUUCUUCAACCAAGUGCUGCUCAUCGUGCUGUUGUUGAUCUUCCACCACGGGAGCGGCAACGCCCCUUAUUCCAAGGUCGCCGUUCAAUACACCUACCGUGUUUCGUUCGCCAUUCCGGCCGUCGGCACCCUGUGGCUGGUCUACUGGCGUACUUACAAGGUCAAGGCCAGUGCCAACAAACAGUUGCAAUAUGCCAAGAAGAAGAAUGCCGUGACCGGGUACGACACCGAGUCCCUGUCUUUGACCAUUCACUACUUUGGUGGUCGCCUGCUUGCCACCGCGGGUACCUGGUACGCGAAUGACGUCUUCUUCUACGGCAACAAGCUGUUCCAGAGCGAAUUCAUCAAGGUCAUUAUGCCGCACAGCAACUCCAUCAUGCCGGGCUGGCUGUACAACCUGAUCAACGUCGGCGUCUCCCUUUGUGGCUACUAUCUUGCCAGUUUUCUGAUCGACAACAAACUCUAUGGUCGCAAGCACAUGCAGAGCAUUGGAUUUCUGAUGGACUUUAUUUUGUUCAUCGUGCCCGCCUUCAAUUUCGAAUAUUAUACUUCGGUUGAACACAUCAAAGAAUUCCAGGCCAUGUACUUCCUGUCAUCCUUCUUCAACCAGUUUGGUCCGAACUCGGUCACCUUCAUUGCCGCCGCCGAAGUGUAUCCCGUGGCUGUUCGAGCCAGCGCCCACGGGUUUUCAGCCGCGGUCGGCAAACUUGGGGCCUUGACCGCUUCCGUCCUUUACAACUACAUCGAUACCCAGACAAAAUUCUACGUUGUCCCUUGGUUCGGUCUGGCCGGUGUGGUUCUCAAUGUCGUCUUCAUGCCAGACACCACGGGCCUCGAUCUUAAGGAGCAAGAGCGUCGGUGGGCCUUUAUCCGCGCCGGCCGGGAGAAUGAUUACCACGGAAUCGCCAUCCACCCCAAGCAUCUCAGCUUGUGGGAGCGGCUGCGUGGUGUCGGCAAGCACUACGACGCGGAGCUGGACUACGCCCAGCGCAUCGAGGAGAUGCGGCGUGAAUGGGAGGAGCGGAUGGCGCAGAAGGUGGAAGAGAAGGAACAGGCGCACGACGAUGCGUUUGACGACGACUUCCACGCCGACGUCAGCUCCUACUUUCAGCGUUCGACCCAAUCCCCUAUGCUGCGGGGGGCCGAGAACGAGAAGAUCCCUCCUCACGAGGGAUUGAACGGAGCUAAUGGUAAUGGGAUAUGA